AUUCAGGACUGGUUUCAGAGCAGGCCAAAAACAUCAAUCCUUAUCCGCCAUGAUUCUGUCUCAAGGUCAAAAAUUUCAAGAUCGUACUGGCUGUGAAGGUCACUGCUGCAUAAUAUGCUCCAAUGCAUCUCACCGACUCUGUGGACAUGUCCCGUGCCAAGUAAAAACGGCCUUGAGCGACUCUUCCUGUUCAUUUCAUCAAAGGGUCUUCAAGCAAGCAAGACCAUUAUUGGGCUCUCUUCAGUUCAAUUCUUCAUCAUGUGCUCUGAAGAUCAUUGAAGAACACUCAACAGUUGGUAACGCUUCAGAGGAUAUGGCAGUUUCUGGUCUUUUGGUGCCUCUUAGCCCAUCAGCAAGUUCGCUUCUUCAGUUUGCUAGAAGUCCUCAAAGAAGAGGAAGAGCAUUAGUGGAUUCUAGUAAAAGAAAUCUGUCAAUUACUGGUGCUCUUGGGAUUGUUGAAAUGGAAUCUGUAAGGGGAUCUGGGAGGACUUUAGCUGGGUCCGCUAUGAAAGUUAUACAUUCAGAUUGUGAGCAGAUGCUGAGAAGGUAUUCUGGGUUGCUGCAGGUUUGUGCUUCGAAAGGGUUUCUUAUUGAUGGAAUGGCAGUUCAUGGGCAUGUGGUCAAGAUUGGGGUGGUCAAGAUUGGGGUAGUCCCGGAUUCUCACUUGUGGAAUUGCUUGGUCAACAUGUAUGCAAAAUGUGGGAGGCCCCAAAAUGCUCGCCAGAUACUCGAAGAAAUGCCUGACAGGGAUGUUGUGUCUUGGACUGCGCUGAUUGCGGGGUAUGUUGCACAUGGUGAUGGCAGUGAAGGUGUGUGUUUGUUCUCAGAGAUGCGAAGAGAUGGUGUUUGGCCCAAUGCGUUUGCCUUUGCUACUGGUUUGAAAGCUUGUUCGAUGUGUUUUGCAUUAGAUUUUGGGAAGCAAGUGCAUGGGGAAGUAAUUAAAGUUGGAAAAUUUUCAGAUAUAUUUGUUGGGUCUGCUCUCAUUGAUCUUUAUGCAAAAUGUGGUGAGAUGGAACUUGCAAGAAAAGUUUUCCUCCAGAUGCCUGAGUGCAACUCUGUUUCAUGGAAUGCAUUGCUAAGUGGUUAUGCUCAGAUAGGUGAAGGUGGAGAGGUUUUGAAGCUAUUCCAAACAAUGACGGAAUCGGAACCGAGGCUCAGCAAUUUCACUUUGUCCACUGUUCUCAAGGUUUGUGCAACCUCAGAAAAUGCAAGAAUAGGUAAGGCAGUUCAUUCCUUGGCAGUCAAGAUUGGGUCUGAUAACGAUUGGUUUCUAACUAGUGGUCUAGUUGAUAUGUACUCCAAGUGUGGGCUGGCAGAGGAUGCUUACAAGGUCUUUGUUAGGAUCAAAGAUCCCGAUGUCGUGGCAUGGAGCUCAAUGAUUUCUUGUUUCAAUCAUCAAGGACAAAACUACGAAGCAGCAGAGUUAUUUGGCGAUAUGGCUCGAUCUGGUGUCAGGCCAAACCAAUUUACACUGGCUAGCCUCAUUAGCAUUGCCACUGAUCUUGGUGAUUUGCAAUUUGGCAAGAGCAUCCAUGCUAGCAUAUGGAAAUUUGGAUAUGGGCUUGAUAAUUUAAUUUCCAAUGCCCUAGUGACAAUGUACAUGAAAAAUGGGUCUGUGGAAGAUGGUUAUAGGGUGUUUGAGUCUAUGACAGAGUGGGAUUUAGUUUCUUGGAAUGCACUUCUAUCAGGAUUCCAUGAUGGUAAUGCUUGUGAUCAGGGACCAACAUUAUUUAAGCAGAUGUUCAUAGAAGGUUUUAAGCCAAAUAUGUACACUUUUAUUAGCAUCCUGAGGUCUUGCACUAGCUUAUCUAAUGUAGGCUUUGGGCAGCAAGUACAUGGACACAUCAUUAAGAACAACCUCAAUGGUGAUGAUUUUGUGGGAACAGCUCUUGUUGACAUGUAUGCCAAAAGUGGGUGCUUGGAGGAUGCUCAAUUGGUUUUCAAAAAGAUGAAACAGAGAGAUCUCUUCACCUGGACAGUAAUAAUCACUGGGUGUGCACAGAAUGACCAAGGGGAGAAGGCCAUUGAGAUCUUCCGCCAAAUGCAGAGGGAAGGUGUUUGCCCCAAUGAGUUCACAUUGGCAAGCUGUUUGAGAGGUUGCUCCAGCAUAGCAGCUCUAGUUAAUGGUCGGCUGCUCCAUUCCCUGAUCAUUAAAUCUGGUCAUUCAGAUGAUAUGUUUGUUAUGAGUGCACUGGUCGAUAUGUAUGGGAAAUGUGGAUGCAUAGAGGAUGCAGAAGCUCUAUUCAGUGGUUCUGCUUCUCGGGAUACAGUCUCUUGGAACACAAUCAUUUGUGGUUAUGCACAACAUGGGCAUGUUGGGAAGGCCCUCAAAGCCUUUCAAAGUAUGUUAAAUGAAGGCAUCAGGCCUGAUGAAGUUACCUUCCUUGGUGUUCUUUCAGCUUGUAGUCAUGGUGGUUUAAUUGAAGAAGGACAACGGUACUUUUAUUCAUUGAAAAAGGUUUAUGAAAUUACUCCAACAGUCGAGCAUUAUGCUUGUAUGGUGGAUAUACUUGGUCGGGGUGGUAAACGUGAUGAGGUUGAAAGCUCUAUAGAGAAAAUGAAUCUCACAAGUAGUGCAUUGCUUUGGCAGACAGUUCUCGGGGCUUGUAAGAUGCAUGGAAAUGUAGGACUCGGGGUAAAGGCAGCAAAGAAACUCUUUGAGAUUGAACUGAAGACUGACUCGAGUUAUAUUUUAUUAUCCAACAUUUAUGAAUCCAAAAGAAGGUGGGAUGAUGUUGCGAUGAUUAGAACAUUAAUGUCUAGUCAAGGUGUGAAAAAGGAACCUAGGUGUAGCUGGGUGGAGGUUUGUGGUCAGGUUCAUGUGUUUUUGUCAAAAGAUGUUUCACAUCCGAAGGUCAAAGAGAUCUACAUGAAAUUGGAGGAAUUGCACAUAAAACUUAGUUUGGCAGGGUAUAUUCCAAACACUAAAAAUGUUCUUCAUGAUGUUGAUGAGAGAGAACAAAAGGAAAGCCUUAUUUAUCAUAGUGAAAGACUUGCGUUUGCUUUUGCCCUUUUGAGUAUAAGACCUGGAAGACCAAUCCGGAUUUUUAAGAACCUUCGUAUCUGUGGAGAUUGUCAUGAUGUUUUCAAGCUCAUCUCAAACAUCACAAAUGCAACAAUUGUUAUCCGUGAUGUUAGUCGUUUCCACCACUUUCAAAGUGGUUCUUGUUCUUGUCGAGAUUACUGGUGACCCCAUUACAGAGCAUCAUGUGUUAGCUGAGGCUGAAGCAAAGCAGCUUAUUCAUUAGAAAGAUCUUCAGAAAUUGAAGCCCAAGUUCAACCUUCUCUUUUAUGCUCUGGUAAAUGCUGGAGCCUCCUAAAGGAUGUAGUUUCUUAGAUGGUCUGGAGGUCCAUGCUAAAUCCUUAUCAAAAAGUUGUUGGAAGGCAGUGAUUGCUUCUGGCGCUCUACCCUUUGAGUCUUUGAUGUUUCUUUUCCUCAAAUGAGCAGCACUAUACAUACUUGAUGAGGGAUGAAACUGUCUCUUCAGGUCGGGUUCAAGCUUUUGGUGGGCACAUCAGAGAUAGUAAUAUUGAGCCUCAACCAAGAAACUCCUCUCUCCUAAAGCUGUUAGGUUCUACUCACUAAGGUCACACAGUUACGUGUGUAUUCUAAGAUUUUGGUCUGCAAUCUAUAUUGUUCGAUGCAGCCCACAGAUAGCAGCCGUGGGUCUUGGAACUCAAGGACGAAGGGAGAGAUGAUACAGUUGUGACAAUUCAUGAGCAGAAGGUAAGUUGGUUUUUGUCUUGCAUAUUCUCAUUAACUGAAUGCACCUUACAGUAUUUAAAGUCUAUUAGGAUGCAGUGAGGUUUUGCUUUGUUUCCUGGUUUUCUGAUCUUGCUUCAGUUACAUUGCUGAUGAGAAGUUUUCUAUGUCUGCAAUUGCUCGUCAUCUUGAAACUCUAUAUAUGUUGAAGCAGACAAAUAAACCCAUGUUAGAGAGGUUUGCAGAAGUAAAUAUUUGAAUGAUCCUUUUGGAGAUAAAAUAGUGUAAGGGCUAGAGUUCUUUUUACUAUACUAUACGGAUGACUAUUCAGUACUUCAGGUAGGCAUUGGGUAAUAUUGAGUUGCUUUAUCCAACAAAGCAGCCCAGGCGACAUGUCUUUUUGUUCUGUUGUUCUUUUAAUCUAAAUAUCCUGCCACUUGGACUGUCUCAGGGUGGAUGUGAUACAAUGGGAAGUGUUGCUAACUGCUUACUUGGUAUUUCAUUCACAGCUGAGGCCAGAUCAGUUGUAUCAGACUCUGAUAGGAGAUAUUGAAAGAGUCUAUGAGGCAUUUAAGGCAUUAGAAACUGCUGAGAGAACAAUAAGAGAGAGAUCCUGAAGUUUUAUUUCAUAUCAGCCUUGAAAAUGCUAAGUAGAGGAGGUUGAAUGCUGCCCUUUACCAUGCAAAGCAGAUACUGAAAUUGGAAGCUGUUCCAACGUGAAAGGGUGGCUCUUAUUGGCUUGAAUAUUAUCUGCUCAACAGAUAUAUAAGAAUGCCUAGACAGAUAUAAAUACUGCUCUGGAUCAGACUGGGAAUUGGGAUCAGGGAAACCUGUGGACUAAAGCUAAAUGCUGGUAAUACCUUUUUUCGAGGAAAAGUAACAGGGAUUCACUACCAGAUUGAGGAUUUGAUGGCACCGUCAACUAUUUCCUGAGUAAGUGUUUUUUAAGAUGCUAAGUGGUCUAAUUCUCCUGGUUUCUCUGUUUGUCUGAUACUACAGUGCAAUUGUUUUCUCCUUCACAUGGUCUCAUCUCACUCUGGAUU